GAGGCAGCCCCGAGCCGCAGUGUGAGAGCGCAGCCCCCGCGACCAGCAGUCCCCCGAGCUGUAGUUGUGGCCUCCGCGGCCGAGUUCUUCCGUGGGCGCCCCCGCGUCGGACUGUGAGCAGAGCCCCUUCCCGGGAUUUGCGUUUCUCUCGCGUAGCGCGGCUGUCGUACUUCUGCGUCGCGAUGGAGGUGGCCACCGCGGACUUCGAGGUGUUCGGCAAGGUGCAGGGAUGUAACUUUACCAAGGACGCGAAAAACCUCGCCGACAGACUGGGCAUCACAGGAUGGAUCAAGAACAGCAAGUCAGGCACAGUCAUGGGCAGAGUGCAGGGAGCCAAAUCCAGCGUGGACCAAAUGGUCAAAUGGCUGAGUGAGGAAGGAAGCGAAGGCUGCAAGAUCGAGCGGUGCCAGCUGACCAACCAGAAGGCCAUCGUCCGCCCCGACUACCCCAAGUUCACCCUCAAGUUCUAGAGCAAGUUCUCCGCUCGCCCGAACACCGCGGGACGAUGGAAGUACAUUAGACAUUUUCGCCAGAGCCGCCAUCUGUAUCAAGCCCAUGACCUCAUCAACAUUACAGUCGCCCCGUUCAUCUAACAGAAAUAGAUUGUGUGUGGAAGUCUUUCUCUACCUUGUCUUUGGUCGGGACGUAGUAUGUGUUCAACCUAAGUAGGUUAAAUGAUGUGUUAACAUUAUAUUUCUUCGAUAUCUUAGUUUUCUUUUUCUAUAUCUUCUUUUAAUGCCUUAAUAAAAAAUGAAAUGCGAAAUGUUAUGGGAUUAAAUUAUCCGUUUGAUGAUAAAACCGAAUGGGGAAAAUGAGCAGCAUGACCAAAAAAGUUUGGGCGUUAAACUUGACACUCAAAGGCAGAGUGAUAACUAAAAAUGAGACAGUGAGGGAAGCUCAGCACAACACCCAGUCAGCCUGGAAUGAACGGGAAACCUGAUCCCGAGGCAACAGGCCUGCCUCUGAGCUGCUAAUCGAACACAACACUCACAACAUUUCAGUUCUCAUAAAUCCACGUCUCGUUUUCUAUUCUUUGUAACUAGCCUCAGUACGUUCUGCAGUUUGUGUUACCAUGACUUGCCCGAAACACUUCUUUCACUCAAGUAACGUUUAGUUAUCGACAAACACUAACUAUUAUUACCAGAGGAUGAACUCGAUGAUAAGUAUAGUUGUUGUUCAACUAAGUUCGUUUUGAGUGUUGAUCUAGACUUGUGUUACAUCUUGGGAGAGGGAACCUGCAGAUUAUUGUCCCACUUGUUAUUAUUCAUAUAUUUAUCUAUUCAUAUAUGUGUUUAUUCUUAGGAUAUACAUGUGGCAGCAGGUUCGCACGGAGUCCUGGGCCAGCCUUCGUCCCGACUCUCUGAACCCUGAGAAGUCAAACACACCACGGCUAUUAUGACCCACCGAUAACGUUUCAUGCCAAUGUAUUUCUGAUGAGUCUAUUUAUCAUCAAGGAGUCCAGUUAUUGUUUAUUUUUCAGGAAUUUUCUCGCAAGGGAGAAAAACUAUAUCUAAUUAAAGAAAUGAGAAUAGGAAAUACACAUUGAUACAAAAAUAA